AUGGAGGGUCCUGGGCAAGGGUGGAUCAGCAGCGUGGAGGGGAGAGUGAUCCGGAUGAGUGGUAAGAAAUCCAAAACUCCUGAUGUUGAGGCAUGCAGGUACAAGGGCAAGCACGCCAUCCACCUGGAUGAUGUGGCCAAGAAGGAGAACAGCUCCACCCACCAAUUCGUCCACAGCUUCCCGUUGUCAGAGCCAGCCGGCUGGCUCAGCAGAUACAUCUACAUCCCGACUGUAGGUGGCGUGGCUGUGGUUUGGUCCAAGUGCACCUUCUUCACCUUCUUCAGCACGUGGCCCGUCCUCUCGCUGAUUGUCAUCCGGUUGGCUGAGAGGCUACAACUACCAGUACAUCGAGGCUGUCCUGUCGUCUCACUCCUCCCCUGUUUGAUCCACAUGGACUCGGCCAUCUCCCACCACAACAAGCUGCAGACUGCUCACACCUCUCAGGACAACGACCCCAAACACACAGCCAAAGUCAUUAGGAACUAUCUUCAGUGUAAAGAAGAACAAGAAGUACUGGAAGUGAUGGUACGGCCCCCACAGAGCUCUGAUCUUAACAUCAUCGAAUGUGUCUGGGAUUACAUGAAGAGACAGAAGGGGUUGAGGAAGCCUGUAUCCACAGAAAAUCUGUGUUUAAGGACCCGCUGCCUUGAUCUUCUGGGCUUCCAGCAGUUUAUGGAAGACAGUGAAAUGACCUCUGACCUGAUGGACGAGGGAAAGGAGCUGAACCGCCAGGAAAGUCAUCUGCUGGGAGAAGAAACAACAGUGAAACGGGAAGUACAAAGAAGCUGCUCAUCACUGGAUAUUCUGCUUAAGAUUGAAGAUUGAACAUCUGCCUCCCAGCAGCUCCAACCACAUCAUCAGGUUCGCUCAUCAGCAACGACGACGAGUCGGCGUACAGAGAUGAGUUUGAGCAGCUGGCGUUCUGGUGCAGCGAGACCACCAACACCAUCUCCAUCACCAAAAUAGCCUAGCAGCGCCUCCACUUCCUGAGACGCCUGAAGCGGGCCAGCCUUCCUCUUCCCAUCCUCACCGUGUUCUACAGGAGCACCAUAGAGAGUGUUCUGACCAGCUGCAUCUCCGUGUGGUUCGGCAAUCUCAUCCAGCUACAACGGAUUGUUAAAGCAGCUGCCAAGAUCACUGGAACAUCUCUCUCCCUCACACGCACUCUUUUCUCUCCUCCCGUCUGGCCGACGCUAUCGCAGCAUUGGGGCCCAAUCCUCCAGGCUGCGAAGUAGCUUUUUCCCACAAGCCAUCAGACUCUUGAACUCACUACCGGCUCUCCCACUCCCCCCCACCACCCACACCCACACAAACCGUUACCUAACUCUAUUGCACUCCACAUACCACUGCCUUUGUAAUGCAGAUGCUGCUCUAUGGACAAUCCUUACACUCAAGAACUCUGCUCAUGUUUACAAGCUGCUACGCUGGUCACUUUAAAUCACUUCAAGGUCACUUUAAAUCAUUCAAAUUGUAAAUUGUUAUUAAUACAUUUACC